GGGAUACAACGCAGCCUCCUCUUUGUAAAACGUCUCACUACAUACCUACUUGUGUACCUAAGUGGCCCACGACAAUUAAUUUGAGAGGUUUUAUAAAUUUGCUAAGCCUCUUCGAUUAAUUCAUCCGGUAUGUCCUAUUCGGGUUGGACUUAGUCCUUCAUAAGGCUGUGAAUUCAGUACACUUUAAGUCGAGAAAGCUUAUGUUUGCAGUCUCAACAAAUAUUACUAUAACUCAGAAUAGAAUCGUAUAGCCUAGAAGAGAUGGAGAACAAAAGUCUAGCUCCUACAUUAGCAGCAACAGCCAAUGAAUUGGUUGACGAGAACCAACAAAGGCCAUUUCAAAGUGCGUCUACCAAUGAAGAACACAACGACCCGCCUUCUACAGAAGCCUCUGCGUCUUUACCUAAGGAUCUCAAAUCCGAGCAAAGUUUACCAGACCCGAAGAUAGAUACUACGAGGUUAAACUUGGUUUCUGAAGUAAAGCGCUUAGAAAAAGAGUUACGACAGAAAUUGAAGAUGCUGGACUCAGUGGAACAAUACUCUGGGUUGGAUAGUGUCAACCAGCUGCCCGAAGUCAAGGAUGAGAAAGGGCUUGGCAGUCAAACAGGCACAACAUCAGAGAACCUCGAUAAAACGAUACGUAAACUUAUCAAGCGUGCUCGUUUUGUCCAGAAAUCCGGGGAGAAAGUAGAAGAGGAAAGUAAUAGGGAAAAGCCGCCACCUCAUAAGCGAAGUCUAAACUUUGGUAUUGGGACGUGGACAUAUAAGUGGACAAUCUUCUUAAGGGCAGAGUUGUUCCAACACCAGCAUCUCUCAGGCCAGUCUAUUCCCGUGGGCUUGGCCCACCAAACCAAUGGGACACGUCAGAUAGCGAAGAACGGAGCACUGAUACGUCCACAAAGUCUCAAGACCUCGGCUACUUCCAAGCGAGACUACGAGCGGAUUUCGAGUGGGAGCUGGACCGUCUUGCGGCCCAGAGAGAGAGCGAUAUCAGAAGCAUAUGAAGAAGAGAGAUGA